AUGUUGUCGACGCGCCCGGUGUCGCACACCCUGUCUGCGCGGUCCGGGAAGGCCCCCUUCACGUCGGUGCGCCCAAGCAUCCGUGUGUGGCGAUCAUCCCAUGUAACACGCGUCGCAAAUGUGACCGAGGCCGUCUUUGAGGAGCAGGUCCUGAAGGCUGAUACUCCUGUCCUCGUGGAUUUCUGGGCGGCGUGGUGUGGUCCAUGCAAACUCGUGGCGCCUUUGAUGGACUGGGCUGAGAAGGAAUACAACGGGAAGCUAAAGGUCGUUAAGAUUGAGCACGACAGCAAUCCCCAGCUUAUUGCCAAGUACAAGGUGUACGGCCUGCCGACGCUCAUUGUGUUCAAGGACGGCGAGGAGAUCGCGGGCAGCAAGCGGGAGGGCGCCAUUACGAAGGCUCUACUGGAACAGUACCUCAGCAAGCACGGAGUCGGCAAAUGA